AUAUAGAUGAAUGCAAUGAAUCAUUUGCCUGUGGAGAUCAUGCAAUGUGUGAAAAUGUGGAUGGUGGAUAUAACUGCUCCUGCAAGGAAGGUUAUCAUACAUCCACAGGAAACUCACAGUUCACACCUAAUGAUGGCACUUAUUGCCAAGAAAUUGUGAAUCCAGACUGCCAUUUAGAUAAUAUCUGUAUUGCGGCGAAUAUUAAUAAAACUUUAACAAAAAUUAGGCACAUAGAAGAACCUGUGGCUUUGCUACAAGAAGUCUAUAGAAAUUCUGUGAAAGAUCUUUCACCGACGGAUAUAAUUACAUACAUAGAAAUAUUAGCUGAAUCAUCCCCAUUACUGGGUUAUAUGAAUAGCACAAAUUCAGCCAAGGACACCCUUUCUAAUUCAACUCUGACUGAAUUUGUAAAAACUGUGAAUAAUUUUGUUCAAAAGGAUACAUUUAUAGUUUGGGACAAGUUAUCUACAAACCAUAGAAGAACUCAUCUUACAAAACUGAUACAUGCUGUGGAACAAGCUACCUUAAGGCUAUCUCAGAACUUUCAAAAGACCACUCAGUUUGAUACUAAUUCAAGUGAUAUAGCUCUCAAAGCUUUCUUUUUUGAUUCAUAUCACAUGAAGCAUAUUCAUCCCCAUAUGAAUAUGGGCGGAGAUAAUAUAAAGAUAUUUCCAAAUAGAAAAGCUGCAUAUGAUUCAAAUGGCAGUGUUGCAGUUGCAUUUUUAUAUUAUAAGAGUAUUGGUCCUCUAUUUUCAUCGUCUGACAACAUCUUACUGGAACCUCAAAGUUAUGAUAAAGCUGAAGAGGAGGGAAGAGUCAUCUCUUCAGUAAUUUCAGUCUCAAUUAGCUCAAACCCACCCACAUUGUAUGAACUUGAAAAAAUAACAUUUACAUUAAAUCACAUAAAG